AUGUCUCGAAGGGUGAAGCGAAGGAUUUCGGAGUGCUCAAUUGAUGAGGCGACAACCCUGCCAGACGACAUACUCAUCCAAAUCUUUUCCACCCUAGACUAUCGCAGCAGGGCAAGCUUCGCAGCAACUUGUCAAUCGUUCAGACGUCUAGGCUCGUCCCCUUGCCUGUGGGGAAGUCUGGACCUACGCUUCCACAAGUUCGACACCACGAUGGCCAACUCCAUCUCCUCACGGUCCAAACACCUCUCAAAGCUCGAGUUUCGCGGCGUAGAAUCAGCUGACGCCAUCUUUCAUCUUCGCGCACAAAGCCUGCGCGAACUCAGCGGCGAGUUCUGUCAGGGCAUCACUGAUGCUACAGUUUCGGCCAUAGCUGCUCGGCAUAAAUUGCUACAGAGCAUACAGUUCGGCCCGCUCGCGUGCGAAAAAGUGAGCAGCCAGGGGAUCGAAGCCAUAGCACAUUGUUGCCCCAACUUGACAAGGCUCCACCUCUCUGGCGUCAGGGAGGUCACCGCCGACGCUCUCAACUCCCUGGCUUCUCGUUGUGUGAAGUUGGAGGAUGUCGCAUUCAUGGACUCCAACGAUAUAGACGAAUUCGCAUUGGGCAACCUCGCGUCUUUGAGGUUUCUGUCAGUGGCUGGGGCGAAACGAUUGAAUUGGGGGCUGGCAUUUCAGCAUUGGAGGAGAUUGCCGAAUUUGGUGGGGUUAGACGUGUCGAGAACAGAUAUAGCAUUUGAUUCUAGUACCAGAUCAUCAUGGCUUUCCUUGUCAGACAAGUUACAAAUCGCGAUCGCGUUGGAUUGCCCGAAGUUAGAAGAACAGAGCGGUACUGCUGUCAAUUACUAUCUGGAGAAAAUGAAGCAUAAUGUUAAUAAAGAUGAUGACGGAAGAAUGAGCGGAUUCGUUGAUUGGACGGAGCGGGCUGUGUCUCAGUCACUUGUGCGUAUGGCGGAGAACAACCUGACGGGGACCAAGGUCGUCGACCCGUUCUGGGACAGGACAGGAGCGACUCUGUUGCUGCAUCUGCUACGAAGCUCGGAAGUCGAUGUCCGAGAACGAGCGGCCACUGCCAUCGCCACUUUCGUUAUUGUUGAUGAUGAUGACCACCCAGCUGCUACUAGUACCGUUGAUUCUACGAGGGCUAGAAGGAUUAUGCAGAGCGGCGGGGUGGAUGUGCUGUUGAGCUUUGCAACAACUAGUAUUCGACAGGGGCUUCAAAUCGAAGCCUUGAAGGCUAUAGCAAACUUGUGCAUGGAUUCCCAAGUUGCCAAAGUGGUGGCAGAGAAUGGAGGGAUCACAAUCUUGUCCAACUUGAUGAGAUCAAGUAACAGAUUCGUAGUGGAAGAGGCUCUUGGAGGGCUGUGGAACCUUUCUCUGGGAGAAGAGCUUAAGGCUGCUCGAGCAUUAGCGAAUCUGGUUUCUCACGGAGAUGUUAAUGCUAGUAACUUUGCUGUUGGGGAAGAGGUUGGUGCAGUUGAAGCCUUAGUAAGAAUCACAUUUUCUCAACAUGAAGGAGCAAGGUUGGAAGCUGCUGGCGCUUUAUGGAAUCUGUCAUUUGACGAAAGAAACAGAGAAGCAAUUGCAGCAGCAGGCGGCAUCGUUGCCCUUAUUUCCCUGGCAAAAUCAUGUUCGAAUUCCUCUCAUCAAGGAGAUCUUCAAGAACGCGCAGCAGGUGCUCUCUGGGGAUUAUCACAAGUGGAGGAGCUGCUGAGCUCGACGGGGGACGGCGGGUCGGUGAGGAGGCCGGCGCAGGUGGAGGAGCGACGACCUUCACGGCGGGACGAGGGGGCGAGCCGCCGGACGGAUCGCUGGUCAGCGGAGAAGGAGACGACGAUGGCGGGCGGCGUCUCGACUGGUGCCCUUUGGAACAUAGCUUUCGAGCCUGGGAAUGCUCUUCGCAUACUGCAAGAUGGAGGGGUUUCGUCUCUUAUCCAUCUCUGUUCCAGCUCGCCUUCCAGAAUGGCUCGGUUCAUGGCUACAUUAGCACUAGCUUACUUGUUCGACGGAAGAAUGGAUGAAUAUGUCGCAGAAAGAGGAAUAACACAGGAUCCAUUCAACACCAUGAUUGCAGAUCGCAUUAAGAUGAUAGCCUUGAACCACAUGGGAUCCUUUGUCCUCUCAUUCUGCAGCGAUCACAUUUGUGAUGCUGCGAUGCUGUCACAGACCUCAUCUGCAGCUCUUGCACAAAGGAUGCAAGGGUGUUUGAUACCAGAAGUUGGGUUUCUGAAAUGCAGCGAGGUAGAGAUGAAGCGAUUUGUUGCGAUGCUAAGAAGUGCUUGCCCUAUAUUAAAACUGUGUUCAUCCUUCGCUCUUUUUCAGGUAAUGAACUUGAAAUUGCUUCUUGGCGAUCCUUGGUCACUGGAUGAGUCUGGAGGCGGGAUUCUGAACGUGCAGAACAUGUGGAUGCACUUUGCUGGAUGCAAUUGCAUAUGA